AGAAACUGAAGAAGGAAACAACAACAGCGAGAACAGUGGCAGCAGAGCCGCAGGAAUUGUUAGUAGUGGAACGUGAUAGGCAUGCAUGUUUUAUUGUCGAUCUCUUAGAGGUUAUAGAAUGUAAGCUACCUUUAAAAUUUGAUCAUUAG